AUGUAGUUAGUUUAACUAUUUUAUGGUAGUUUCUAUGGGUGCUCAAGAGAAGUCACUAAACUGCAAUAAUCCGAUACAGCGUGUAAAGGUUUAUCGUCUGAAUGACGAUGGGAAAUGGGAUGAUCAAGGAACAGGCCAUGUUAAUGUAGAUUAUACAGAGAGAUCAGAAGAACAAGGAUUGCUUGUAGUUGAUGAAGAAGAUCACGAGACUUUGCUUCUGCACCGUAUCAGUGCAGAUGAUAUAUAUCGGAAGCAAGAAGAUACAAUUAUAUCUUGGAGGGAUCCGGAGUAUUCAACUGAACUAGCUCUUAGCUUUCAAGAGACGACUGGUUGCUCCUAUAUAUGGGACCAUAUAUGUAGCGUGCAAAGGAAUAUGCACUUCAGUAGUCUUAACAAUGAGACAUUUCAUAGUGUCAACAGUGAUUUGAGGGAGUUGCCCCCGGUUGAGCUUUCUACACUUCCCUUGAUAUUAAAGUCGGUUGUAGAGAGUGGCAUUGCCGAUCAGUUGCGUGUUACAGAACUAAUAUUGAACGAUCAAGAUUUUUUCCAUAAGCUGAUGGAUUUAUUUAGGAUCUCUGAAGAUCUGGAGAAUAUUGAGAAUCUUCACAUUAUUUUCAAAAUAGUGAGAGGAAUCAUUAUGCUCAAUAGCCCUCAGAUCUUUGAAAAAAUAUUUGGUGAUGAGCUGAUAAUAGAUAUUAUUGGGUGUCUUGAAUAUGAUCCAGAUGCUCCACAUGUUCAUCAUCGCAAUUUUCUCAAAGAGCAUGUGGUCUUCAAGGAGGCUAUUCCUAUUAAAGAUCCGAUAGCCCUUUCAAAGAUACAUCAAACAUACCGAGUUGGCUAUCUAAAGGAUGUCAUUUUGCCUCGAGUGUUGGAUGAUGCGACAGUUGCAAACCUUAAUUCCAUGGUCCAUUCAAACAAUGCAGUUGUUGUGUCUCUCUUAAAAGAUGAUAGCACCUUCAUUCAGGAUUUGUUUGGAAAGUUGAAGUUGCAAUCUGCAGAGUCAAAGAAAAAUUUGGUGCACUUUUUGCAUGAGUUUUGUACUUUGAGUAAGAGUUUGCAGGUGGUCCACCAACAUCGGCUAUUUAGGGAUCUUGUUAAUGAAGGCAUAUUCGAUAUCAUAGCUGAUGUUUUGCAGAGCCAAGACAAAAAGCUAGUCCUGAUGGGGACAGACGUCCUCAUUCUUUUCUUGAAUCAAGAUCCAAAUCUUCUGCGGUCUUAUGUAAUUCGUCAGGAAGGUCUUGCUCUGUUUGGUCUUCUGGUCAAAGGUAUGCUAACAGACUUUGAGGAUGACAUGCACUGCCAGUUUCUUGAAAUUCUGCGCAGUCUCUUGGAUUCGUAUGCAUCAGGAUCACAGAGGGAGGCCAUUGUUGAAAUUUUCUACGAGAAGCACCUAAGUCAACUCAUUGAUGUUAUAACAUCAUCCUGCCCGGCAAACGGUAUGGCUCAAACCGUCAGUAACUCUGAGAGCUCUGAUGGAGGGACAGGAAAGCAAAGUAGUGUCAAGCCUGAAAUACUACUUAAUAUUUGCGAUCUCCUAUGUUUUUGUAUCGUGCACCAUCCUUACAGAAUAAAGUGCAACUUUCUUCUUAAUAAUGUGAUAGAUAAAGUUCUGUUUCUGACACGAAGAAAAGAAAAGUACCUGGUAGUUGCUGCUGUUAGAUUUAUGAGAACUCUUAUUUCCCGCAAUGAUGAGCAUUUGAUGAAUUACAUAGCAAAGCACAAUCUCCUAAAACCGGUUGUUGAUGUCUUUGUUGCUAAUGGAGAUCGCUACAAUCUUCUAAACUCAGCUGUUCUUGAACUUUUUGAGCAUAUUCGUAAGGAUAACAUGAAGAUAUUGCUCAAGUAUUUAGUCGACUCAUUCUGGGAUGAACUGGUCAAGUUUGAAAAGUUCACAUCUAUCCACUCUUUGAAAAUUAAAUAUGAGCAGUCCCUAGAUUGUUCAGGAACGAGAAGUGUCGGCAAUCUAUUAGACGACCCGAGGAAACGAGUUGAUGACCGCGGUUUGGAGAAAGAAGAAGAAGAAUAUUUCAAUGAAGACAGUGACGAGGAAGAUUCUGCCUCUGCCUCCGUGGCGAAUGCAAGUAGAGCGCAGCCUCAGCCAGCCUUGCCUAAUGGAUCUGCUCCAAGCGUCUCACCUGUGAGAUCUGGAGGGCUUGUUGAUUAUGAUGAUGAUGAGGAUGAUGAAGAUUAUAAGCCACCACCUAAGAAGCAAUCAGAUAAUUCUGAUGAAGAUGGAUCAGUGGAGUCUUUCCCGUUGAAGCGUAAGCUAUCGCCGAAAGAAGAGCCUGAGCCAAAAAGGUUGCAGCGUAUUGCUAAAGGUUCAAAGUCUCGAGACACUGUUUUUGCUGCUUUAUGCUCAACCUUAAGUCAAGCAGUUUUACCGUCUAAAAAGACAGGAAGUACAGCACAAGAUGGUCCAUGCUCAGAUGGAGACAAGAAAUCUGUCGAGUCCAACCAUGAGGAGAAAGAAAAUUCUACUGGUAAUGGGAGUGCUGAUUUGGAUAAUCACGACAAAGAAAACUCUAAUGAUAAUGGGAGUACUGAUUUGGAUAAUCACGAUGACCAAGAACCAAUUUGUCCUAAAAGUUAUUCUGAAAACAUGCACAGUUCUCCGGAUAAUAAGCCGAGGGGAGAUGACUAUCCAUUAAUACCGUCAAAAUCAUCUGCUGAAAUGGCUGUAAAUGGAUCGUAACUCCUCUGUUGAGAUCAUCAUGCCAUCUCGACUCCUACUGUGAUCUACAAGAUAUUACUUGAGCAUGUACUUGCUUCAAAUCAGCUCUUUGUACAACUUCGACAAGAGUGAUGAGCUAACAGGCGAUCCGAUUAUUGAAUUUCAUAACUAUUGGUGGAGGGGAGUCUGUACAGCGUCGUCGUAAGCGUGGGGAGAGAUUAGCACAGCCCUCUUGGAUUUUCUCUUUUGUUUAGCAUUUCCAAUUGCUCCUGUAAAACAUUCCAUAACUUUUGGUUUCUCCAAUUCUUUGUUUUAUAUCUCCGUCUUCACUUUCUUUAGUUAUAUGUACUGUAUAGGGCACGAACUUUUGCUCUUUGAAGGUUAUUCGUCGAUUUAGCGGGCAUAGUGACCAAGUGUUACAUUAGAGAGGUCAGUGUUGGUUUGAGGCCAAGUUUUCUGUUUCGAUGUCGCCUAAUUAUAUACGGAAUUGUAUAUUAAAACUUGAGGGGACGAUUAACAUUUGCUGCAUAUAUGUACAUUAGAUAAAUAGUGGUAGCA